UUUUUUGCAAUAAUAUCCGCCGACCAUCUCCUCCGACGACCAGAGAACAAGCAACCAUGUCAAUCGCAAUUCCCCUCAACACCACUUUACAACACUCGCCUUCUUGCCUCUUCCCUUCUUACUCUCUUCUCUAUCCGACUCCUUUGGCCGAUGUCUCCGUUAGGAGAAUUCGACGGAGAUGCCUCAGGAUGGCCACUUCUUCCGUCUCCUCCGCUCAGAGCUCCGUGCAGAACGGCGCCACCGACGCCGUAUCUGCCGUCGGUCGGAACCAGAUUCGUCUUGGUCUUCCUAGCAAGGGACGCAUGGCCACCGAUACGCUAGAUCUUCUCAAGGAUUGUCAAUUGUUUGUCAAACAAGUGAAUCCGCGGCAAUAUGUUGCUCAAAUUCCCCAGUUACCAAAUACUGAAGUUUGGUUUCAACGGCCAAAGGAUAUUGUCAGAAAGCUACUCUCAGGAGAUCUAGAUCUAGGCAUCGUUGGUCUUGACAUAGUUAGUGAAUUUGGUCAGGGAAAUGAAGAUCUUAUCAUCGUCCACGAGUCUCUCAACUUUGGAGACUGUCACCUAUCCCUUGCGAUACCCAAUUAUGGAAUAUUUGAGAAUAUAAAGUCUCUAAAGGAGCUGGCACAAAUGCCUCAAUGGACUGAGGAAAGACCUUUACGAGUUGCUACAGGAUUCACUUAUCUAGGCCCCAAAUUUAUGAAAGAAAACGGCAUAAAGCAUGUGACAUUUUCAACUGCGGAUGGAGCCUUAGAGGCAGCUCCUGCGAUGGGAAUAGCUGAUGCGAUUUUAGACCUUGUGAGCAGUGGGACAACCCUUAAAGAGAACAACUUGAAAGAGAUUGAAGGAGGGGUGGUUCUGGAAAGCCAGGCUGCACUAGUGGCGAGCAGAAGGGCAUUGACUGAGAGAAAAGGAGCACUAGACACAGUGCAUGAGAUUCUUGAGAGACUGGAGGCCCAUUUGAAGGCGGAUGGUCAAUUCACUGUUGUUGCAAACAUGAGAGGAACGGAUGCUGAGGAAGUGGCUGCACGUGUGAAAACCCAACCAUCAUUAUCAGGAUUGCAGGGACCAACAAUAAGUCCAGUUUACUGUAAACGAGAUGGAAAAGUAUCGAUUGAGUUUUAUGCCAUUGUGAUAUGUGUACCCAAAAAAGCUCUAUAUGAGUCUGUGCAGCAACUGAGAGCGGUGGGAGGAAGCGGGGUGCUGGUUUCACCUUUAACAUACAUUUUCGAUGAGGAUACUCCCAGAUGGAGUCAGCUUCUGAGUAACCUCGGACUUUGACCCUGCUUCACAUUAUUCAGACAGGCUUUGGUUUAGUGAAUUGCGUUCGUAGAAGUAAGAAGACCAGUUGGGUUAAACACUACAUGUUUCUAUUAAUUUUGUCUUUGAUGGAUCUUUUAGAAGAAAAACAGAGAUUGUCUCGUUCCAGUUUCGGAUGAUAGUCAACCUAAAACCAAUUUUAUCAAAUUAAAAUUGAUUUCAAUUUUCUAAUCAGUAUUUGCAGUUCGAUUGGAACCCAAAUUGUAUCUCGUUUGCUACUUA